AUGAAGAGGGUGAGUAAGCUACUGGCCGCGCCUUUAUUGGCAGCGGGUGCGCUUGGGCAAUUUGUGCCUGCGCCUACAGAUCUCAUCACCAAGGAGGGCUAUGCAAAUGUCAGCGUUCGCUACAAGCAGGUACCGGCUGGUAUCUGUGAAAUGAACCCGGAUGUGAAGAGCUAUUCGGGCUACGCAGAUGUCGGGGAAAACCAACACAUUUUCUGGUGGUUCUUCGAGUCGCGUAAUCAGGAUCCAAAAGAGGCUCCUUUGACAAUCUGGAUUAAUGGAGGGCCCGGGUCGAGUUCCAUGAUUGGGCUAUUUCAAGAACUGGGGCCGUGUGGCGUUGGACCGGAUCUGAAACCCUAUGACAACCCAUACUCGUGGUCCAACGCUAGUAAUAUGCUUUUCAUCGAUGAACCUACCCAAGUCGGUCUUUCGUACUCGAUUCCAAUCCCAGGCUACAAUGACGGUUCCUACAUCAUUGAGCUACCAAACGCGACAUGUCCGGACUAUGCUGCAACAUAUGGAACAUGCGGAACGUAUUCGAAGCCAGAUGUUAGCUUGACGGCUAACAGUACCCAAGGGGCGGCGCCAAACAUGUGGAAGACACUGCAGGGCUUCAUGGGAGCAUUCCCCGAAUACUCGCGCCAUGGAGUCAACUUUGCGACGGAGAGCUAUGGCGGACACUAUGCGCCCGUAUUUAACGCCUAUUUCCUGGAUCAGAAUGCAAAAAAGAUUCCUGGUGCGCAUAAGAUUGAGUUGGACAACGUGUUGAUUGGCAAUGGGUGGUUUGACCCGCUUGUUCAGUAUCAGGCUUAUUACAACUAUAGCGUGUAUCCUGGCAACACGUACGACUUUGAUCCGUACAACCAGACAGUCAAGGACGAAUGGUUCAACAACUUGUACGGCCCAGGCAACUGCGUUGACCGAAUUAAGCAGUGCUACAAGGAAGGCAGCAACUCGGUGUGUGCGACGGCGGAUCAGUUCUGUGCCUCCAAGGUGGAGAACAUGUACGAUAUCUACAGCGGACGGGACGAAUACGACAUGCGAGAGUUGACUCCGGAUCCGUUUCCGUAUGCGUAUUUUGAAAGCUACCUCAACUUGCCUGAGGUACAGAAGGCAAUUGGAGCCUUCCAGAACUUCUCAACCAGCUCUAGCACAGUCGGCUCGUCAUUUGGCAACACGGGCGACGAUGGUCGCGAAUCGGGCACGAUUGAGGCAUGCCAGAAGCUGCUUGCUGCAGGCGUUCAAGUCAUGCUUUACUAUGGAGACGCCGACUACAACUGCAACUGGCUGGGUGGUCAAGUCGUGGCGGAUCAAAUCAAGGCCAAGGGGUACUCGAAGGCCGGCUUUACGAACAUUAGCAGCAGCGAUGGUAUUGUGCACGGGCAGGUGAGGCAGUCUGGCCUCUUUUCGUUUGUACGCAUCUACGAAUCGGGCCACGAGGUCCCCUUUUACCAGCCACUCGUGUCGCUCGAAAUGUUUGAGCGCGCAUUGAAGCGGGUCGAUGUUGCGACGGGCAAGAAGAAGCUUAGUCACGACUACAUGACGGUGGGCACGCCAACGAGCACCUAUAGGGAGGGCAACGCAACCAUCCAGAUGAACGUGACUCCAGCCAACGCGACGUAUAACACAACGCUGAAUGCACCCAACCCAGGUCUGGGCAGGCGGGACAUGACCAGGCACUUCUGGCGGCCACGGACGGGUCGAGCUGGACAGCGGAUUCUGUGA